CGGAAAUUCCUUGGGAUAUUCCGAGGAUUUCAUUUUCCGUCGGAAUGUCCGUCAGAAUACAGCUGUUUUCUUGUAGUGUGGUGAGGAAGUUGUUGUCAUGGAUUCUGUCGACAAGCUUGAAAAGCUCUCUGGUGUCAAGGUCUUUGAUCUACAUCGUCACCAUAUUGAUCAAAUUACAAUCCCAUCUAGCCGUGGGCCUGAGUUUGGUGUGCUCCGUCGUGUAGAAGACGUUUUUGAUUGUUGGUUUGAGAGUGGGUCAAUGCCUUAUGCGUACAUCCAUUAUCCUUUUGAAAACAAGGGGCUUUUCGAGAAGAACUCCCUGGUGAUUUUGUGGCUGAAGGGCUUGAUCAGACUCGUGGAUGGUAUGUGAACCUUGCAUAUGUAAAAUCAUCUCUUAACUAUCCUC